AAAUUCACGUAGUAAAACAGGAGAAGUAGAAAAUUGUGGAUUUGAACCACUACCACCGGAUAACACGACGUUGCUAAAACCCUCUUGCGCCAUUGCUAUAUAGAACUCUGCUCCUAACCCACCAUGACAAUGGCGCUAAGAAGAGCAUCAAUAACACUCACCUUCCUCUUCCAAACCCCUCCUUCUCCUCUCACCCACACCUUCUCCCUCCCCAUUCCCAAACGAACUACCACCCCUUCUUUCCUCUCUCUCCACCACUCUUCAAUCCCCGCUUCCAAAACCCUAACCCCACCCCCCUCCGAAAAACCCUUCCUAUUCAUCCCUCCCGGAGUUGAACCCACUGAAAUCAACGACUCCAUGAUUCUCCCCUUCUCCAAUAUCGUCGUUGGACCCUACGCCGGUGAUUCGAGAAUUAAGGAUGUCGAGUUCGUUAAGAGUAGUCCGAAGGCUAAGGAUUGCCCCAAAGAUCAUCGACCUGAAUUCGCUGUUCUUGGUCGUUCUAAUGUUGGGAAAUCUUCUCUUAUUAAUUCACUUGUUCGUAAGAAAGAGCUUGCUCUCACUUCUAAGAAACCAGGGAAGACACAGCUUAUUAAUCACUUCUUGGUUAACAAAAAAUGGUACCUUGUGGAUUUGCCUGGUUAUGGCUUUGCUAAAGCAUCUGAAGCUGCUAAAGUGGAUUGGUCCUCGUUUACGAAAGGUUACUUUUUAAAUAGAGAUACUCUGGUGGCUGUCUUGCUUCUCAUUGAUGCAAGUGUUCCACCUCAAAGGAUUGACUUCGAUUGUGCAAAUUGGCUUGGACGCAAUAACAUACCAGUUACCUUUGUUUUCACAAAAUGCGAUAAAAUGAAGGUGGCAAAGGGGAAAAUACCUGAGGAAAACAUAAGGGAUUUUCAAGAGAUAAUUAAACAAAACUAUAAACAACAUCCCCCGUGGAUUAUGACCAGCAGUGUUACUGGAUUAGGCAGAGAUGAUCUUCUCUUGCAUGUAUCUCAGCUAAGAAACUACUGGGAUCAAUAGGACAACAGUUUAAAACUAAGCAAGAUGUGACUAUCUAUAUGAAGAGCAUUCCAUGUAGGACCAAAGUUGAAUUUACAAAAGAUAACACCAUGUAGAAGAGUAAUGUGAAAAGGCUAUGAGGUGACUUGUAUUUCAGCUAGAUCAUGGUUCCCCUCAAUCACAACCUGAUAUAUACGGUAUCUUGCACGAGAAUGAGUUUGAGCUGUUUAUGGAACUGGAUUUUAUAUGCUGUCAUGUUAUAUGCAUAUAGGAGUAAUACAGUACAGGAAAUAUUGUAUGCCCCCAACAGUGAAGCUUAUUAUUUGUAUCUUUUUUGUUUUCAGAAUACAUGUUACCGCAUAUCAUUUCCUUGACAUUUGAUUACUGGAGAUAAAGGAAGCUUUUGCAGUACUUGAACA